UAUAUUUUUGCCACCAGUAACCAAACAACGUCGAGUCUAAAAGUGGAUACUUUUUUCAAUAUAAUUUUUGUACAUUUUAACACUUUCUACUCCGGUAUACCUAUUCGGUUUUGUGACUAUUGUAUUUUUGGUAGCUAGAUUUUGAAUUUUGAUUAUUUUAGUAAGUACGUGUUCAUUUGUAUUUCAAACGAUUUUCAAAAAUUGGCGCUUCGAAUUGCCAGUAUAUAGAGGAUGAUUCGUGAUUCAAAAUAUUGAAGAUUCCAAAGUUGGUGAUUGCGUCAUCAUUGCCCCAUAUACGAAGAAAAUGAUUCGAGAUUAUUUUAUUCUAUUGGCAGUACUGACCACAUGUUCGGGAUAUUCUUUUGGAUUGCAUACUUCUUACGCAAAUAUGAGUACCGUGUAUUUUUCUGCCAGAGAAAACAUCACUCUUAUCUGUACUGGAUACGAUGAAGAAGUCAUGUGGACCGUUCUUUGCCCAUCCGAAGGCAUUUAUUCAAUAAAGCAGGAGAGCGGUGGUCGAAAAUUGGUGGAAAUAAAAAAUGCUACUGCUUAUAAUAUUGGAGAAUAUGUUUGCUAUUCAACCGCGAACAAGAAAGAGUUCGUGCAGAUUCAUUUACGUCCGGAUGAUUCCGCCUUUGCGAUUUCGGAUUAGGCCUAUAAGGUCGUAGGUACGGUUUACAGACACGAGGAAACCGUUUCCGGCAUCCAUUUGACCACAAAAUGCAAAGUUUUUCAAAUAUCGGCAUUUAAGAGAUAAAAGUUCAAAGUUUAAAAGUUUGAAACGCAGUAUGCAGUGAAAUGGAUGACAUAUUUGUAAUCAGCAAUACCUAAAAGAACUUAAUCAGUAUAAUAAUUUACUCCCUGUACAUUAUAAUAGUGUUUAAUUAGGUAAUACAAAAAAUAUCAUUUUGAGGAUAAGGAAGCGCCGUCAUCGAGACAAUUUGACAUCGGAAAUGAAUCCGUUGUCCCAAAAAUCUCCAACAACAAAAAUUGCACUCGAUUCGACCCAAAUUUCAACGGGCCAUUUUUAGUGCAAUAAAAUUUUAUUGCACUAAAAAUGGCCCGUUGAAAUUUGGGUCGAAUCGAGUGCAAUUUUUGUUGUUGGGGAUUUUUGGGACUGCGAAUUCAUUUCCGAUGUCAGAUUGUCCCGACGGCGCUUCCUUAUUCCCGCGGAAAUGAUCCAUUCUUGGGAUCAAAAAAAUGAGCCAUUUUGAUCUUUAAAACAACCUUGAAACGUAAUAAUCACAUCAAAUUCGUAAUCUAAUGUACGACCUUAAAUUAGCAUACACAUUGAUGAAAAUAAUAUCAAAAUCGUGAUCAGCGACUUUAAGUUAGUAUCCAUAAAAUACGCUGAUGGGAUAAAUCAAUCAGGUACCGAUUACGAGUAUCAUUAAGAUUAUUUUAUUAUGUGUAUGAAUAUUCUUCUUGUCUUGUAUUGAUCAUGGAGGGAUUACAUAACUGUCGGCACGAGGAUCAAACCCCAUACUUUCAAUGACGGAAUCAUCUGGAAGAAAAUUAAUGAUGUUUAUUUUAAUGAUGAGUAGGUAUUUGAGUGAAAAUAAAUAUUAAAUAUAAUGAUUUCUAGUUCAUGAUAGGCCUUACCAGGAUUUAAGUAAAUAUACACAAACUC